AUGUCUCUUCAAUCAAUUCGUUUAUGGUUUCGACUUUUUAUUAUAAAUGAUUUUUCAACAAUUUUUGUUUUAUUUAUUUGGGUUCUAUUAAAUAUUCUUCUUUUUAUUGUACAAUUUUUUAAUUAUCAUCAAUCACAUUCAUAUUUUUAUUUACGUGUAUUGAUAUAUGAUGGUAUAAGUAUUGCACGUGCAUCAGCUUUAUGUCUUAAUUUUAAUUGUUUAUUAAUACUUUUACCUGUUUGUCGUAAUUUAUUAUCAUUAAUUCGAUAUAUUUUACCACAUUGUAUAAUUCAAUCUCGUUUUCGUCGUUUUAUAAUACGUUUAUUUGAUCAACAUAUAGAAUUUCAUCGUUGUAUAGGUUAUGCAAUUUGUUUUUGGUCAUUAAUACAUGUUAGUGCACAUAUUUAUAAUUAUGAACGUUUUAUUAAUGUUCAUAAUGAACAUAAAUCACUUAUAUCAGUACUUAAUUUACUUUAUUUACAAUCAUCACAAUCACAAAUAAAUCCAUUUGAUAAAAUCAGUUCUAAUACAUUAAGUAUUGGUGCAAUGCUUAGUACAACAGCUGGAAUAACAGGUAUUAUUUUAUUUAUUUGUUUAUUAGUUAUUAUUAGUUCAUCGACAAGACUUAUUCGUCGAUCAUAUUAUGAAAUAUUUUGGUUUAUUCAUCAUUUUUUUAUUCUAUUUUUUAUUUGUCUUAUUUUACAUGGUCAACAAGGUUUAAUUAAAUCACAAACAAAUAUUCAAGAACAUAAUCCUGAUAUAUGUGCAUCACUUUAUCGAGAAUGGGGUAUUAAUGAACAAUGUCGUAUUUAUCCACAUUUUACUAGUUCAAAAUCAACUAGUUGGAUAUGGUUAUGUAUACCAUUGAGUCUUUAUCUUCUUGAACGUUUUCUUCGUUUUAUACGUAGUUUACAAUAUGUUGAAAUUAUUGAUAUUAUUCGACAUGAAUCACAAGUUAUUGAAAUUUGUUUUCGUAAAAAAUUUAUGAUAAAACCACAACCAGGUCAAUAUAUUUAUUUAAAAUGUUUUUCAAUAUCAAAAUUUGAAUGGCAUCCAUUUACAAUAACAUCAGCUACUGAUGAAAAUUAUAUAAGUAUUCAUAUUCGUACAAUUGGAAAUUGGACAAAAGAAUUAGCAAAAAAAUUUGAAAAAUAUCCUGAAAAUAUUCCUCGAUUAGCCAUUGAUGGACCUUAUGGAAGUCCAGCAGAUGAUGUUUUCAAUUAUGAUAGUGUUAUAUUAAUUGGUGCUGGUAUUGGAGUAACACCUUAUGCUUCAAUAUUAAAACAUAUUCGUUCAUCACAAACAGAUCAUAAACGACUUCGUCAUGUUUAUUUUUAUUGGAUAUGUAAUACUACAUCAUGUUAUGAAUGGUUUGCUCAAAUGUUGCUAAAACUUGAACGUGAAUUAUGUAAUCGAACUCAUUUUCUUACUUAUAAUAUUUAUUUAACAAAAUGGUCAAUGAUUGAAACACGAGCUAUAAUUAAAAAUAAUAAUGAACAAUGUGAUAUAUGGACUGGUUUACAAACAAAAACAUAUUAUGGAAAACCAAAUUUUGAUAUUGAUUUUCAAUCAAUUAUAAAUGAAGAUUUGAAUAUAAAAACUAAACGUGAUAUUGGUGUAUUUGUUUGUGGCCCAAAUCAAUUAGUUAAACAACUUCAAAGAUUAUGUAUUAAAAUGAAUGAUAGUAAUAUAUCAAAAAAUAAAGUUCAAUUUUAUUUAAAUAAAGAAAAUUUUUAA